CAAACUUUCAUCGCUAUGUUGAUAUAAAAGAACACCACCAUAUCCCAAAAUUCAGCCGGAAAAGUAGGUGUUGCUACGGAAAAUAUGGCGGAUGAAGUGAAGUUGUAUGGUUAUGCAGAAGGUUCAUACGUUUGCAGAGUCAAAAUUGCUUUGAAUCUCAAGGGAAUCAAGUACGAUAACUURGAAGAAGAUCUGAGCAACAAGAGUGCCGACCUUCUCAAGUACAAUCCUGUUCAUAAGAAGGUACCGGUGCUGCUGCACAACGGAAAGCCGAUCUCGGAAUCUCUUGUGAUCAUUGAGUACAUCGAUGAUGUCUGGAAAGGAAUUCCGAUUUUGCCACAGGAUCCUUAUGAGAAGGCUGUUGCUCGAUUUUGGGCGAAAUUCAUUGAUGAUAAGUGUAUGCCUGCACUAUUCAAGGUUUAUAGCAGCAAUGAAGGUGAGCAAGCCAUGGCAGAAGCUUGUGAGCAACUUCAGAUACUAGAAAAUGAACUUUCUGUCAAAGGUAACAAGUUCUUCGGAGGUGACAACAUUAACCUCGUUGAUAUCACCGCUGAUUUCAUAGCGUAUUGGCUUGGAGUAAUCGAAGAAGUAACUGAAAUCAAAUUGGUCACGAAAGAUAAGUUUCCAAARUUAACCGAAUGGGCUGAUAACUUCGUAAACUGCCAAGUCRUUAAGGAAAUAUUACCUCCAAGGCAAAACCUUCUUGCGUCUUUUAGGAAAAGGUUUGGUAAGGCGUAACGGUUUCUUGUCGUGUUAUUAGCCGUCUUUUGUGCUUAUCGAAGUUCAAACCUUCGUGUCGUUCGUUUAUCGAUGUUGUAACGAGCAGCCGCUUGUGCUUGUUGUAGUAAGUAGUAACGUUGUUUGCAAAAAGCAACUUGUCUUUGUAUGCUGAUGUUGUUUUGUAAUGUGUAGUAGUUUUUUUUUGUUGAGAAUUUGGUGUGU